GUCUCUCACACACACACACACACUUCACAGUUCUCAUCCUCUUCCACCUGUCUCAUACUGAUGCGUUCCGUGCUCAGAUACUGAACUCCAGAGCCACGCUAUUACUGAUUUCUGUUAUUAUACAUUAUAAGAAGAAUGCGUGUCGUGUAAACCGUGUGAACGCUCGUGGGAUGCGUGACUGACGGAAGCUGGGCUGGACGAACGGCUACUGAUUCUGAACUUAGUGGACUGUUUGUGAGAUGAAGAGAGUCAUUUAGAGGAAGACACACUCGAGUAAACAUCUAUUUUUAACACGAACUGAAGUGGACAUUUUUUGUAACAAGCAGGAUUUUUUUUAAUCAAACGGAGAACACGGUUUUACGCACGUAAGGCGUUUAGUGCUCAAGUUUGCGUUCGGAUUAAAUCGUUAAUUUUAGUUUUAUUUCAGCUUGUUUUUUAUAUAAAAAAAUUGUAUCUAUAUAUCACAUUUUUAAUAUUGAAUUUUUAUUACAUUUCGUUUAUUAUGUACUGUUAAAUAAAUAAGAAACAACGCCUACAGACACAGCAUGUGGAAAAAUGCAUCCUCCAAAAGUUUCCUCAAACGAAUAAUAUUGUAGAGCAGGCUAUAUUUGUGUUGUGAUCGCACACGUCUGCAGCUGGAUAUGGCCAACACUCUGGAGAGAGAGAUUCUGGAGCGGGAGCUCCGUCCACGGCUGUGUUAUGUGACAAAAGGAGAUCGUGGCUACGGAUUUCAUCUGCACGGGGAACGCAACCGAGGAGCGCAGUACAUCCGCAGGAUCGAGCCGGGGUCCCCCGCGGACCUGUCCGGUCUCAAGUCCGGCGACCGGGUGGUGGAGGUGAACGGAGAGAACGUGGAGGGAGAGACGCAUCAGCAGGUUGUUCAGAGGAUCCUGGAGGUGGAGCACCGCACCAGGCUGCUGGUGGUGGACCGGGUCACCGAUGAGUUCCUGAAGUUUCACGGUCUGCCGUGUACGGAGGAUAGGGCGAUUGAGAUGGGCUCUCUGUCCUCUCGCUCCUCAGCGGCGUCCUCCCCCCGCGCCUCCCCGCGAGACCCCGCCACCCCUUCCUACAGCAGACAGAGCUCAGAGGGCAUCUUCAUUAAUAAGAGUCCCAGCAGCGCUGGAGGAGUAAUGAACGGCUCUCCACUCUACAGAGCUCAUGCCCGUCUGUCGUCACCCGUGUUUGUGCCUCUGUCGUCACCCGCUGAACACAAGACUGAAGCAGAGAUCAAACCCUUCACCAAACUCACUGUGGAGCCCAGCGUCACCCCCGAGCCCGAACAUGAGACCGAACCGGUGCGUGACCUCAGCACUGACCCCAGCGUAUCAGAGACCAGCACACAGGAGGAGAUGCUGUCAGAGGUGGAUGUGGAAACGAAGGACCUGCGUCCUCGCUUGUGUCACAUGACCAUCGGCGAGCAGGGCUACGGCUUUAACCUGCACUGUAAGAAGUCCCGCGUGGGUCAGUUCAUCCGCUCGGUGGACCCCGACUCUCCGGCGGAGCGCGCGGGACUCAGGCCCAGAGACCGGCUCAUCGAGGUGAACGACAGGAGCAUCGAGGGUCUGCGUCACGCUGAGGUGGUGGCGUUGGUCAAAGCGGGCGGCACAGAGACCCGUCUGCUGGUGGUGGAUCCCGACACAGACGAGCUCUUUAACCGACUGGGUAUCAUUCCCACAUCCAUUCAUCUUAAAGAGGACUGUGUGGACGGGCCGAUCAUAGAGAGUCCUGAAGCACGCAGCGCGGUCCCAGACGCCCCCAAGAUCUCUCCACCAAUCAUCAACAUCACACUAACUGACCCACCAAUCAGCAACGGCUCCCCAAGACACCAGAGUCACAGAAGCUCCUCCUCUCGGUCCACGUUAUCAGAGACCAGCGCCGAAAUCAGCAGCUUUGACAGCAGCAACAAGCACACAGAUUCUGACCAUCUCUCCAGCGAUGACGCCCGUAAACCAGAGCGAGAUGUGAAGUCUGAGGAUCCGUUUCGGGAGAGCGGUCUGCAUCUGAGUCUGACCGCGGCAGAGGCCAAGCAGAAAGCCCGGGCCAAACGGCCCAACAAGAGAGCGCCCCCUAUGGACUGGAGCAAGAAACAGCAAAUCUUCAGCAACUUCUGAGCAGCACAAACAUCAGAAAGUUCACCUUAGUUAUAGACAGAUUCCACCGACACACAGACCAAAUACAUGCAGCUUAGACCGGAUUAGAAAUGUGUGAAUUUAUCAAAAAAGGAUGAGUUUGGAUUCAGGCUGAUGUGUGUUAAAAGCAGAUCUGAAAGUAUGUUUUGAACAGAAAUGCGGCAGGUUUGGACAUCAUGUUAUCAUGUUAUGUGUUUAACAUAAGCCUGCAUUUUGUUUCUACGAAGUGUUCCACAAUUAGCCAGUUGGUUAUUUCACCCAAUAACGCACAAGUUCCCCUU